AUGGAAUCAACUUCCAAACAAAGCAAUAGGAGUGUAUCUAGCAUCCGGGAUCAAGGCAAUCAUGAUGUACCACAUCCUCCUGGUGACAAGAAUACAAGGGACUUGGAGGCACCAGCAGCAACCAGUGAGGUGGGAGCCAUCCACACACUGCCUAGAAAUGGUUCAAGCCCGAGCGAUCAAAAGAGCAAGCGAGGACUUCGAAGAAAGAAGGUAGGAGCUGCCAUGGAUUCAGAUUCCAAACAAAGCCAUAGGAGCAUAAACAGCUUGCGGGGUGAAAUUGAAAAUCAUAAUGCCAUGCCGCAUCCUCCUGGUGGCAACGAUGCAAGGGAUGUGGAGGCACCAGCAGAAACCAGUGCAGUGGGAGCCAUCCAUACACUGCCUAGAAACAGAUCCGGUUUGACCCAGAGUGAUCACAAGAGCAAGCGAGGACUACGAAGAAAGAAUGUACCGGAGGAGUCACACUUCACAUCCGCCAAGCGAGAGCGACGUCCCUUUCCCAGAGACAAGUUCCCUCGAGCUGGUAGGGAUGCCAAGGGACGCGGAAACGACAAUGAACCAGACAUUCAUGUUGCUGCUGUCUCCAGCUCGUCUCUUUAUGAUGAGGAGGAUGAUGAAGAGGAAGCUACGUUUGGCGUCUCGAACGAUCCACCAGAAGCACCACUGCUGGAAGCCACCUUGGUGGAAGAGGAUGACCCCUCGGAUAUUCUCGUGGUAAUGGCAGAGCCGGCACAAGAAUUGGACAAACAGAACGGAUCACUCCAGGUACUUCCAGUCUCGGCAGCAGGGAAAUGGCUCUGUUUGAUCCUGGCCCUUUUGAUUACCGCAAUCGCAAUCACGGGCAUUACGUGUGGUUCGGGCCUCUGCGGCGACGAUGGUGGAUCAACACCAGAGGCGUCCAACGUUACUACUCCAGCGCCAUUAUUGACGAACGACACCUUGGUUGGGAACAUUUUUGAUCACGGAAACACAACGGAAACCACUCCGUCGCUGGCAUCCAACAACGACAAUCUCACAACAACAAGCAACAGCAACAACAACAACAACAACAACAACAGCACGAGCAAGCAAGGACGGCUUCGUCUCUACGAGGGACAGCGAUUGCUGAACGGGUUUGCGGGCAAUGUGACAUCACGCCGUAAUGCCACAACGGGUGAAAUGCUCUUGUUCUCGAAAACGCAACUCCAACCCAUGUCCAUCGCAGACACCGCAUACUUCUCUACAGUCGUCAAUGGCGGAACGGUCAACGUGUAUCUCCUGGUAUCCCUCCAUCUACCAGACCACGCCCUUCAGUCCUUGCAACGCGAAAGAAGCAACCCCAAUGCCCCGCUACGAAAAGCGCUAGAUUGGAUCUCCCGUAGCUAUUCGCUAGAAAUGUUAGACACAAUGGAGGGAUGGAGAAAGCACCAACUGUACGCUCUCGCAUGUGUCUACUAUUCCUUCGAUGGGGACACGUGGGAUAUCGGGGACCGGCAAGAGUGGUUGAAUCCGAUGUCCUCAGAGUGUGAUUGGACACUGGAGCCCACCGCCUACAAGAAUCGAGAAAUCUUCCAGAUUCAAUGCGAUGAGUCACAAGUUGUGAAAAGUUUGGACUUUGGUCACAUUACCGAUAUCGAUUCGGGGACGAUUCCACCCGAAGUGGCAAUGCUAUCGGCCUUGAAAUACCUUGCCAUUGGCAGUUCUCCCAGCUGGAGUGAACCGUUGGACAAGGUCGUCCCAACCACCCUUCGCUACAUGAAAAGCCUCGAAACGCUCCUGUUGUCCGACAGCAACCUUCAAGUUGCAUCUUGGUGGCAACCUGCUAUCUGGGGCACUGCCUACAGAGUUGGGACUGUUGGCAGAGAUGGAAACCAUCAAUCUGUCCCUGAACAAUUUCCAUCAUAA